UGAUGACUGUUGUAUUACUCACGUUUAGUAGGAUCCAACCCCUCCCUUUAAUCUUUAAACUUUUCAUUGGUUUCAAGUUCAAGCAAAAUGAGUGUAUAUCUUUCUCUUUCUCUCUCUCUCUCUCUUUUUUUUUCUUCCCCAUCAAUCGUAGGGUUCCACCACCAACGAAGGCCUCAGCUCAUCAUCAUUCACGGCCAUUCUAUGUUUCGGUUAGUCGAUCGACCCCUCAGUUUCAGGCAACGCGCCAACGAGUGGAUAUAUAAGAUGUUAUUCCUCUGGUCGAAGGAACCUGCGGCGGAUCCUAGGGCCAGUCCGUGGUUUGCCUGGUUUGCUACCGCAGUUAUACUAUGGCGUUGCAGAAGACGAAUUACCAAAGCUAUUUUGGCGGUAUCGCCUUUUAGGCUAUUAAAAAGACGAAUGGUCGUUGCAUUAUUGAAGGAAAGAUCAUCAUCAGUGAUAAUGAAACCGAAAGCAACAACAACGACAACGACGAUGACAGCAGCAACGAUGACUAUGACAACGAGAGUUAAACAACAACAACAACAACAACAAUAUGGUCUUUUACGUAAUCACCAUUUUCAUCGGCAAGUGCAACAACAACAACAACAACAGCAACAGAAAGAAGACAAGUGCAAGGGUACUGCAACCGGAAUAAAAACCCGUGUUAAACGUUUAUGCACCGGUGACGGUCCCCACAUUUUCUCGUCGUCGUCGUCAUCGGUCCAAACGAAUAAUCAUCAUCAGAUCAAUUACAGGGUUACUAGAAGUGGCAGAAUUUAUGGGAAAUAUCAUAACAGAAUUUUACCGACUGAAACAAUUUGUUGAAUAUAAAUACCAAUAAUUGACAUAAACAAUGUGUACAUAUAAAACGUAUCGUUAGUUCCUUUUUAAAAUUUGUAUUAUAUCUUUUUCUUAUAUUGAAUUAAUUAGAAUCCUUUUUAAAACACAUUGUGUGGCUAGGAAUAUGACCAUUAAUCUUUUGACGAUUCAUUCCUUGUGUCCUCGACACGUUUUCAAAUGUUACGAUCGUUUGGCAGAGACCUUCAACGAGGUUGUCGUCAUGGUACUUCGUAGUAGUUCGUGGUCGUGUAGCCAGUUUUCAGAUCAAAUGGCAACGACGUUUCUUGGCGACCAACGUUUUCGGACGACUUGGCUGCCGUUCUCCUAAACUACCCCUUUUUUCAACUGACUGCAGAUCGAUAAACUUUCUGAUGCGUUUAUGAGGUCUAGGGCAUGAACGAUCUUGUCGUACGAUAAUAUUUACCGAAUUAUUACAAUUCUUCAACAUUUCGAUUAAUAGA